AUGCGGGAGGUAGAUGAAACUGAACUGGAGGUAAAACGGUGCUAUCUUCCGCACCACCCAGUGCUCAAGGAGGCAAGCACCACUACCAAGGUACGGGUGGUCUUUGAUGCGUCAUGCAAGACAUCAAGCGGAGUAUCUCUCAACGACGUUCUGAAGACAGGGACAGUUCUUCAGGAGGAACUUCGAUCCAUUAUUCUUCGCAGUCGGACAUGGCAGAUCAUGAUUGUCUCGGACGUAGAGAAAAUGUUCCGCCAAAUCUUCAUCUUCCUUCUGGAACGUGCCUUACAAUGCAUUCUCUGGCGUUUUUCACCUACGGAGGUUAUUAAGAUCUACGAGCUCAACACGGUUACGUAUGGCACAAAAUCGGCACCGUUUUUGGCCACCAGAACGCUCAAGCAGCUAGCGAUGGACGAGGAGAAGACAUUUCCUCUUGCGGCAAGAGCGGUCCUUGAAGAUACCUAUAUGGACGACGUAAUCACGGGUGCGAAUGAUGUGGAAACAGCAAGGGAACUGCAGAUCCAAUUGAAUAAGAUGAUGUCAGCUGGUGGCUUUCAGCUACGCAAAUGGGCUUCAAACUGCCCGGCUGCUCUAACGGGGGUUCCAGAAGAGAACUUAGCUAUUCGGCCUUCAGAUGGAAUUGAUUUGGAUCCAGAUCCAGCCGUAAAGACCUUGGGGUUGACCUGGAUUCCAUCUACGGACAUGCUGCGGUUUCAGUUUACCAUUCCCACUUUGGCCAACGGUGAAUUACUUACGAAACGGAACGUAUUAUCGAUGAUUGCGACCUUGUUUGAUCCUCUCGGGCUUUUGGGACCAGUUAUCACCAUGGCGAAGAUAUUCAUGCAGCGGUUGUGGACGAUACUGGAUGGGAAUGGCCAUACACUGGAUUGGGACCACCCCCUACCUCCAACGGUGGGUGAGGCGUGGCGUAAAUUCUACGAGCAACUACCUCUUCUCAAUCAACUCCACAUCGAACGCUGUGUUCUCAUCCCAGAAACAGUAGCAGUCGAAAUUCACUGUUUCUCCGACGCCUCGGAGAAGGCAUAUGGCGCCUGUCUGUAUCUUCGGAGCACUAAUGCGGGCGGAGAGGUGAAGGUUCGACUUCUUUCGUCUAAAUCAAAGGUUGCUCCGUUGAAAUGUCAGAGUAUUCCUAGACUGGAGCUCUGUGGAGCACUUCUGGGAGCUCAACUAUUCGCCAAGACAUCCUGGAAAACCAAUUCUGGUGGCGAGGACCUACCUGGCUGGAGGAGAACUCAGACCAAUGGCCUAGAUCACCGGAGAUACAAUCAACAGGAGAGGUUGAAGAAGAAAAACGUCGAACGGUUAUCGCAGGAUGCGUUUCCACACUCGCAGAGUUCAACCAUGAGUACAUUCCACGACAUCCUUUCACCCGGUUAUUGCUGCAACACUACCACGAGCGUCUACUUCAUGCGGGACCUCAGCUGA